UCAAUGUAGUCAGAAUUCCAAUCCUAUUAACUUAUUAAAUAGACAUUCCAGAAAAAAGUAAUUUGUGGUUCAAUAAAAACGAAGUACUUAUUUGCAUUUCUUUGGAGUAAUGGCAGAUGAAUUACAGAAAUCCCACCUUUAUUUCGAUGAAAUUAAUAAGAUAAAAGUUGUUGAAAACACAGUUCUUAAAGAAACUGAAGAUUUGAAGGAAACUAGCAAAGAAUAUGAGACGAAGGUUCAAGACUUCGGGAAAAUAAUAACAUCUCUAUUGGAAAUGCUGAAAGAUUUGGGAGAGAACGUAGAAAAGCAAAAGAUGGCUGCCAUAGGUGCAACAAAUCUCUUAAAAUCUAUAGUAAAAGACAGGGAAAGUGAGCAAGCCAAACUACAAGCAGAAAUAAGCGACAAGUCUAUGGUAUUGGAACAAUUAGAUAGCGAAUAUGAUGCUCUUCAAAUAUUAGAAGCGACUCAAAUUGAAACUAUUGAUUACUUGACACAGUUAAGAUAGAAAAUUCAUGUUAUCAGUGUAUGUAUCUUCUUUACUACCAGUUAAGAUACUAUGGUAUCAUUAAAAAUCAUGUAAUAGUUAUUUAUGCAAUUUUUGUAUAUUAAGGGGUAUUAAAACACGAGUGUGGGUUUAUAUAAUAGAAUCACAAGAGUGAUUAAGUACCUAAUUAUCAACGAUUUCAUACAAGACUCUACUCCCAUAAUAUGAAACCUCUAAAAGAUUCUGAAAUAGUGAGCUUACUGUUAACAUUAAGUUAACAGUCAGCAACAGUCGGUCCUAGUAACCUAAUAUCGUACAUUACCGAGU